GAGAUGGUUUUUGUUGUUGUUGCUGUAGAUAUUUUAAACCUAGGACAACAUAGAGAAAGUUACAGGCUGUCGGUUUUUAAAUGUACAAGACAGACAGACGGAUGGAUGGAUGGACGGACAUAAACACAUAGAGAGAAGCCGACCCACCACCACUAAUACUACAACACCAGAUAAUUAUAUGAGGGGGAGGCAUUAAAGAUUGUUUUUAGCCGAUUAUAUAGAGAAAUAUUUGCUCACACGUGUUGUGGUUAAUGUAGUUUUUUUUGCCUACAUUCUCUCGCUCUCUGUGUCUUUUGCUCUUGCUGGAGAUUUCAAGGCAUAAAAACUAAUAUUUAGCCCUGAAUUUACUUAAAAAAACUAUAACAAACAGCCCCACUAAGAUUAAAUAAUACUCAGCUCUUUCUCUCUCGCGAAUUUAACUCUAACUAUAACACUCUUUAAGGCUCUCCAAUUGACGAUCUAUGUAGGGAGUAUAAAACAUUGGCCAUGACUAAGCAAGUAGUAAUAAUACAUUACCAAAUGGGUUUCAAUGUAGACAAACAUAUUCAAGAGCACGUGAGUUCAACAGUUUGUUUUAACUGAGAACCCAGGAGAGUGUGAUUGAGAUAGAGGGCCAGACAGAGAGCGAGAAUAAUAAUCAGCCAUACUCAGGGUCUUAUUUACUCUUUGGAAUGACAACCAUACAGGGGUGUCUGUUAGUUUUUGCUGUGAGUAUAUUUGCGGACAAAUGAAAUGUGUGUGUGUAGUUUUUUUUUGACUGAACAAGAUCCAACGUAAAUGUUGAUUUUCCUUUCAUUGACAAGCGGCGCUUCGUAAUGUGCAGAUCGUUAUUUACGGUUAACGGAAUAUACGUGAAGUUUUGUUCAAUAUAAAAAGAAAAAAAAAAUUAAAAACAAAAAAGAAAACUGAAAACAGAAACAAAUUUUAUAAAAAAAAAACAAAUGAAUUUUUAAGAAAAUCAAAGAAAAAAAAUUAUAAAAUUAUUUUAUGAAAAAAAUUAAAAAAAAUCCCCUUAAGUUAAAAAAAUUUCCCCCAAAAAUGUGUUUGUGAAAAAAAAUUUAUGAAAAAAAAGAAAAAUUGAAAAAAAAAAUCGUUUUUAAAUAAGAAAGAAAAAAAAUGAAAAUGGUCAUGUCAGCUGACAGUUCGGACUGUCAUCCCUCCAGCAGUAGUGUGGUAGUGGGAGCCGAAGCUCCUUCACAAAGUGCAAAAAUUUCGGUUAUAUGUCACAUAACAAAUCAAAAUCAAGGGCCUACAAUGACCCAACAACAGCCACAACAAACAGUGUCUAAUAAUAAUAAUAAUACUAAUAUAACACAACAACAACAUUUAUCAGUGGUAGAGGCUUCGGCGGCCUCUUCCACUACUUCGGGACCACAAAUCAUAAUGGGUCGUUCCCAUUUAGAAAAUGCUUUAAAAUUACCACCCAAUACCAGUGUUUCGGCUUAUUAUCAAAAUACCAAACUUUUAACACAAAAUAACAAUCAUAUGGAGGAUCAACAACAACAACAACAUAUAACAAACUAUCAACAAACUCUCAACUCGGCGGAAUAUCAAAAUAGACAAAUAAACUUUAUAAGAAAUCCCUUAAGGGCCUCCGCAACAGCAGCAGCUACACCUGUCACAGACAUGGAUACUGUGCCCACAGGUGCUACAACUUCUUGCGGUUCUAUUACACUAAAUCCUCUAAAACUUAAUCCUUUACCACCCUCUACCUCCUCCUCCUCCUCAACUUCCCUUCUUUCCCCUCAAUCCACUACCUCUUCCUCCUCUGUUAUAUUUACCAAUAAAAACCCUCAAAAUUCCUUAAUUUUAUCCCAAGCUUUGCAGCAAACUUGCAACAACAACAACAAUAUCUAUCAUCAAACCAAUAAUAUUGUUACCACUUCGGAUAAUCUUAACUCUACCUAUGAUAAUUUCCUCAAUUAUCAUCAUACUAAUCAGAAUGCUAUAUAUCAGCAACAACAGCAACAUCAUCAUCUACAACAGCAACAUGUUGCUAAUCUAAAUCAUUCUACAAUGACUCCACAUCAUCAACAUUCUACGGGUGUUUUAGUGGUGGCCGCUGAUUCUAGACCCCAAACACCGGAUUAUAUAAAAUCUUAUCCCGUUAUGGAUACCACAGUGGCCAGUUCGGUUAAGGGAGAACCCGAACUUAAUAUUGAAUUUGAUGGCACCACUGUUUUGUGUCGUGUUUGCGGUGACAAGGCUUCUGGUUUCCAUUAUGGCGUCCAUUCUUGUGAAGGUUGCAAGGGCUUCUUCCGCCGUUCCAUACAGCAAAAAAUCCAAUAUCGUCCCUGUACAAAAAAUCAACAAUGCAGCAUUUUGCGCAUAAAUCGCAAUCGUUGUCAAUAUUGUCGCCUGAAAAAGUGUAUAGCCGUCGGCAUGAGUCGUGAUGCGGUGCGAUUUGGUCGUGUGCCGAAACGUGAAAAGGCUCGCAUAUUGGCUGCCAUGCAACAGUCAACACAGAAUCGUGGCCAACAGCGAGCCUUGUCCGGUGAAUUGGAUGAUCAACCGCGUCUAUUGUCAGCCGUAUUGAGAGCUCAUUUGGAAACCUGUGAAUUUACAAAAGAAAAGGUGGCGGCCAUGCGUCAGAGAGCGCGUGAGUGCCCCUCCUAUUCAAUGCCCACAUUAUUGGCCUGCCCUCUUAAUCCCGCCCCUGAACUACAGUCCGAACAGGAAUUCUCCCAGCGAUUUGCCCAUGUUAUACGUGGCGUCAUCGAUUUUGCUGGCAUGAUACCCGGCUUCCAGUUGCUAUCACAAGACGACAAAUUCACCCUGCUGAAGGCUGGUCUCUUUGAUGCUUUAUUCGUGCGCCUGAUCUGCAUGUUCGAUAAUUCCAUUAACAGCAUUAUCUGCCUGAAUGGUCAAGUUAUGCGUCGCGAUGCUAUACAGAAUGGUGCCAAUGCCCGUUUCCUGGUAGAUUCCACUUUCAAUUUUGCCGAACGCAUGAAUUCCAUGAAUUUAACAGAUGCCGAGAUUGGCCUAUUCUGUGCUAUUGUCUUGAUUACACCCGAUAGGCCGGGUUUGCGCAAUAUUGAGUUGAUAGAGAAAAUGUACAGCCGCUUGAAGGGUUGCCUGCAGACCAUUAUCAAUCAAAAUCGUCCCGAUCAACCGGAUUUCAUGAGCAAGUUGCUGGAAACUAUGCCCGAUUUGCGCACUUUGAGUACUUUGCACACAGAAAAAUUGGUGGUUUUCCGCACAGAACAUAAGGAGCUGUUGCGUCAACAAAUGUGGUCCAUGGAGGAUGAACAGCCCUCUUUAUCCAAGAGUCCGCAUAACUGGGAAGAUCAACGCAUGGAGGUGGGUGAAGCUAAAAGUCCUUUGGGUUCGGUUUCUAGCACAGAGUCCAAUGAUUUGGAUUAUCCAGCCGCCAGCACCACCACAAAUAAUGCCAGCUCAGCUAAUAACCAUCUCAAUCAUUUGCUACCCCAACAGACCUCUUCUUUGGCUUCAUCGGCUCCCUUGCUGGCCGCCACCUUGUCCGGUACUUGCCCUCUACGCAAUCGUGCCAAUUCCGGUUCGUCCGGUGAUUCCACCAAUGAAUUGGAUAUGGUGGUGGGCAGUCAUGCUCAUUUAACCCAAAAUGGCUUAACCAUUACCCCCAUUGUCAGAGCUCAUUCCCACCAACAGCUGCAUCAUCAUUUAACAGCAGCGGCCAAUGCUACACAUCGUUAUCGCAAGCUAGACUCACCCACCGACUCGGGCAUCGAAUCGGGCAAUGAGAAGAAUGAGUGCAGUAAAAAUGUUAGCUCGGGCGGUUCCUCUUCCUGUUCCAGUCCCCGUUCCAGUGUGGAUGAUGCUUUGGACUGUAAUGUAGAGGCCCAAACUAAUAGUGGCACACAAGUAACGGUUUCUGUUUCACCUGUCAGAUCACCACAACCUUUGAGUCAACAGCCAGCCAGUUCAACGUCCAAUAGCAACAACUCUUCUUCUAACUCUUCGCUGAACUUAAAAAGACAAAUAGUAGAUGAUAUGCCCGUCUUGAAGAGGGUAUUACAGGCUCCUCCUUUGUAUGAUACCAACUCUUUAAUGGAUGAGGCUUAUAAGCCACACAAGAAAUUCCGCGCCUUAAGGCAUAGAGAAUAUGAAUGCACGGAGGCGGAUGCCAGCAGUUCUACCCAGACUACAAUGCCGCAACUACCCGCCUCUUCAAACAGUCCCCCACACCAAAAUGCCCAAAGUCCACCACCACCAGCCAGCAGCAGUAGCAUAAACUCAACGGCAGCUGUUAAUACAGCUGCAUCUACGCAACAGCCGGUUUUACUGGUGCCACAAGCCACGCAUUCCCCGCCUAACCCCUUGUCGGCCUCACCACCAGCCAUUGCUCAACACCAAAGCCAAUUGCACAUGCAUUUGACCAGACCCACACCCACCAAUUCGAAUGCGGCUUCUACACAACAGCAGCAGACUUCUUCUUUGUCCAGCACCCACUCGGUUUUGGCGAAAUCUUUAAUGGCCGAGCCACGCAUGACUCCCGAACAAAUGAAACGCUCGGAUAUUAUACAAAACUAUAUAAUGAGAGAUUCACAGCCCUCGGCCAACUCCUCGAAUGCUUUGCUGGUGUGCUCGCCCCAUGGCCCUGGCAGCCGUAGUCCGGCUCCCUUGCAUCAUCAAAUGCAAAUGCACAAUUUGUAUAAUAAUGGCAGCAAUUCGCCCAACUCGAGCACUUCACCACACAACAAUUGCAACUCACCCUCCACCACAACUAAUGCGGGGCUUAAUAACAAUCUAGCCUCACCGCCCAGCAGCAGCCCGGCGGCAGCACGUUGGCCCGGACAUUCCGUUAUAACCACCACCACCAUUAAUCAACGCCAGCAAUCGGUGUCGCCCAGCAGUAAUGGCUCUUCUUCCUCCUCUUCCUCCACCUCUUCAACAUCUUCAUCAUCGUCGUCUUCUUCCUCCGCCUCCUCCUCGAAUUCAUCAUCAGCAGGUUGUCAGUAUUUCCAGUCGCCUCACUCCACCUCAGCCUCGGUCUCACCGCCUCGUCCCUCGCCCUCGCAAAUGAAUACACCACCACGGCUACUAGAACUCCAGGUGGAUAUUGCUGACUCUCAACAGCCUUUAAAUUUGUCCAAAAAGUCACCCACACCACCACCCAGUAAAUUGCAAGCUUUAGUGGCUGCUGCCACAGCGGCCCAACGUUAUCCCACGGUGUCAGCCGAUGUUACCGUAACAGCCACCUCCAGCAAUAAUAACAACAACACCACCACAGCAGCCGCCACCACUACAACAACACUACAGCAAAAAGUUAUGUUAGAGGCGUAAGUGUUAAAAAGCUUUAAGCUGGUUAUAAAAUAAAGCUUGUAAUUAAAGGAAAGUGCUUAAGCAGGGAGAAAGUUUUUGUUUUUCGGUGAAGAAAGCUUUUAAAACCUUUUAAAGCUGUUUACAGUAUUUUUUGUUUUAGUUGGCUUUUGUUUUAAAGGUUUUUAUUUAAGAAAAGCUUUCUUGAAAACUUUCUCUCUUAAGCAAAACAAAACUUUCUGUGUAAAGUUUCUUUAUCUAAAGAGAGAAUUUGUGUAAAAAUAAAACAAAUACAAUUUUAAAUGAUCGAGACUGAAAACCAACAAAUUACCAUUUAACAUUUAACAAACUUUAAACAAAAAA